AUGCCUCCCCCACCCAUCUCCAACUGUCUGGGGUCAGCCUUUGAAGGGAACAAACCAGAACAGACCUGCCAGGGCAAUAGCUCUGAACUUGUGCUCGUUUCCAGGAGACUGGACCCCAAGGAGCCCCCGGGUAGCCAGAGAGCAGCUUCCCCAACCCCGAAGCAGGCUUCUGCUACUGCUCCCGGCCGCGAGAGCCCCCGGGAGACGAGGGCACAGGGCCCAGCAGGCCAGGAGGCUGAUGGCCCGCGCAGGACACUGCAGGUAGACAGCAGGACGCAGAGAUCAGGGCGGUCGCCCUCUGUGUCACCGGACAGAGGCAGCACCCCCACAUCACCCUACUCCGUCCCCCAGAUCGCCCCCCUUCCCAGCAGCACGCUGUGUCCCAUAUGUAAGACCUCGGACCUCACGUCGACCCCCAGCCAGCCAAACUUCAACACCUGCACCCAGUGUCACAACAAGGUCUGCAACCAGUGUGGGUUCAACCCCAACCCUCACCUCACCCAGGUGAAGGAGUGGCUCUGUCUGAACUGCCAGAUGCAGAGGGCUCUGGGGAUGGACAUGACCACUGCGCCUCGCUCCAAGAGCCAGCAGCAACUGCACUCCCCGGCCCUGUCUCCUGCCCAGUCCCCAGCCAAACAGCCCCUGGGGAAGCCGGAGCAAGAGAGAUCGCAGGGCCCAGGGGCACCACAGCCAGGCCUCCGCCAGGCUGAGACAGCCAGGGCCACCUCAGUGCCGGGGUCUGCCCAAGCAGCUGCCCCUCCAGAGGUGGGGAGGGCGUCUCCUCAGCCUCCUCUCCCCAUCAAGCCUUCCACAGCGGAUCCCAGGCCACCUGCAGGAGAGGCCCUGGCCAAAAGUGCCACCACAGUGCCCUCUGGGCCUGGUGCUGCUGAGCAGACCCAGGAGGGCCUCACUGGGAAGCUCUUUGGCCUUGGAGCAUCACUGCUGACCCAGGCGAGUACCCUCAUGUCUGUGCAGCCCGAGGCUGAGCCCCAGGGCCAAGUGGCUGCCAGCAAAGGGCCACCUAAGAUUGUCUUCAGUGAUGCCAGCAAGGAGGCUGGCCCAAGACCCCCAGGCUCAGGACCUGGGCCUGGGCAAGCACCUGGAGCCAAAACUGAGCCUGGAGCCAGACCAGGUCCUGGAUCGGGGCCUGGAGCCCUGGCAAGAACUGGGGGAACAACCAGUCCAAAACAUGGCAGAGUGGAACACCAGGCAGCGACCAAGGCUACUGCCAAGCCAAAGACCACGCCGAAGGAAAGGGCCACUUGCCCACUGUGCCAAGCUGAGCUCAACGUGGGCAGCAAGGGCCCAGCCAACUAUAACACCUGCACCACCUGCAAGCUCCAGGUGUGCAACCUGUGUGGCUUCAACCCAACGCCCCACCUGGUAGAGAAAACCGAGUGGCUCUGUCUCAACUGCCAAACUAAGCGGCUACUAGAGGGCAGCCUGGGAGAGCCGACCCCCCUGCCGCUGCCCACCUCACAGCAGCCCCCCUCGGGGGCCCCUCUCCGUGCAGCUGGAGCAGCCCCUCUGAAGCAGAAAGGGCCACAGGGGCUGGGCCAGCCAUCGGGCUCCCUGCCUGCCAAGGCCAGUCCCCUGCCCACCAAGGCCAGCCCCCAGGCCAAGCCCCUCAAGGCUUCUGAACCUAGCAGGACCCUGAGUAGUGCCCAGGAAAAGAAGACAGGAAUCCCAGCUAAAACCGAGCCUGGGCCGAAACCACCUCCGGAGACUACCCUGCCCCCUGGGACUCCUAAAGCAAAGAUGGGGACCCGGAGGACUGAACCUGCCACGCCUGUCGUCAAGGCUGUUCCAGAAGCCCCCAAGGGUGGGGAGGCAGAGGAGCUGGCAGGCAAGCCUUAUUCUCAGGACCUGUCUCGGAGCCCACAGAGCCUCAGUGACACAGGCUAUUCGUCCGACGGCAUCUCCAGCUCCCAGAGCGAGAUCACAGGCGUUGUACAGCAGGAGGUAGAGCAGCUGGACAGCGCUGGGGUGACAGGGCCUCGCCCGCCCAGCCCCUCCGAGCUCCACAAGGUGGGGAGCAGCCUGCGGCCUUCGCUGGAGGCCCAGGGCCCAGCGCCCAGGGGCGAGCAGAGCAAGCCACCCAGGAGCAGUGGUGAGGAGCAGAAACGGAGGCCCCACUCCUUGUCCAUCAUGCCUGAGGCCUAUGACUCCGAUGAGGAACUGGAGGAUAUCUUGGAGGAGGAGGAAGACUCUCUGGAGUGGGGGCGCCAGAGGGAGCAGCAGGACACAGCCGAGUCAUCAGAUGACUUUGGCAGCCAGUUGAGGCACGACUACGUGGAGGACAGCAGUGAGGGUGGCCUGUCCCCUCUCCCACCCCAGCCCCCAGCCCGGGCAGCAGAACUGACCGAUGAGGAGUUCAUGCGACGACAGAUACUGGAGAUGAGCGCUGAAGAAGACAACCUGGAAGAGGAUGACGUUGCCCCCUCUGGGCAUGGCCUGGCCAAACAUGGCACCCAGAAGGGUGGCCCCAGGCCCCGGCCUGAGCCCAGCCAAGACCCAGCAGUGCUGCCCAAGAGACGUCUGCCACAUAACGCCACCACAGGCUACGAGGAGCUGCUCUCUGAGGGAGGCCCAGCCGAGGCCAGCGAUGGCACUGGGGCCCUACAGGGGGGGCUCCGCCGCUUCAAGACCAUUGAGCUUAAUAGCACGGGCAGCUAUGGCCAUGAGCUGGACCUGGGCCAAGGUCCUGACCCCAGCCUGGAGCGGGAGCCGGAGCUGGAAAUGGAGAGCCUGACAGGCUCGCCAGAGGACCGCUCCCGUGGGGAACACUCCUCCACACUGCCUGCCUCCACACCCAGCUACACUUCGGGCACCUCUCCCACCUCCCUGUCCUCCCUGGAGGAGGACAGCGAUAGCAGCCCCAGCCGCCGGCAGCGACUAGAAGAAGCAAAGCAGCAGCGCAAGGCUCGGCACCGCUCACAUGGGCCCCUGCUGCCCACCAUCGAGGACUCCUCGGAGGAGGAGGAGCUGCGGGAGGAGGAGGAGCUGCUACGGGAGCAGGAGAAGAUGCGGGAGGUGGAACAGCAGCGUAUCCGCAGCACGGCCCGCAAGACACGGCGAGACAAGGAAGAACUGCGGGCCCAGCGGCGGCGCGAGCGCUCCAAGACCCCCCCGAGCAACCUGUCCCCCAUCGAGGAUGCCUCCCCGACUGAGGAGCUGAGGCAGGCAGCUGAGAUGGAGGAGCUCCAUCGCUCCUCCUGCUCCGAGUACUCGCCCUCCCCUUCCCUUGACUCGGAGGCUGAAGCCCUGGAUGGCGGCCCCACCCGGCUCUACAAGUCAGGCAGUGAGUAUAACCUGCCCACCUUCAUGUCCCUCUACUCGCCAACUGAGACGCCCUCAGGCAGCUCCACCACUCCCAGCUCCAGCCGGCCCCUGAAGAGCGCAGAGGAGGCCUAUGAGGAGAUGAUGCGCAAGGCCGAGCUGCUCCAGCGGCAACAGGGCCAGGUGGCAGGUGGCCCCUCUCAGCCCACUGGUACCCGGAGCCAGUGUGCCUUUGAGUACCAGGACACCCCCGACCAGGACUAUGGCAGGGCUGCACAGCCUGCCCCUGAGGGCACACCGGCCAGCCUGGGGACAGCCGUGUAUGAGGAGAUCCUUCAGACAUCACAGAGCAUUGCCCGCAUGCGGCAGGCCUCCUCCCGGGACUUGGCCUUUGCGGAGGACAAGAAGAAGGAGAAGCAGUUUCUGAAUGCCGACAGUGCGUACAUGGACCCAAUGAAGCAAAAUGGCGGCCCACUCACCCCUGGUACCAGUCCCACCCAGCUGGCUGCCCCUGUGUCCUUCUCCACCUCCACCUCCUCAGAUAGCAGUGGUGGCCGAGUCAUUCCUGAUGUCCGUGUUACUCAGCAUUUUGCAAAGGAGCCUCAGGACCCCCUCAAGCUUCACAGCUCUCCUGCCUCCCCCAGCUCUGCCUCCAAGGAGGUAGGCAUAUCCUUUUCCCAGGGCCCUGGCACCCCAGCCACCACAGCUGUGGCUCCUUGUCCAGCCAGCCUGUCACGAGGUUAUAUGACUCCAACCUCCCCAGCAGGCUCUGAGCGCAGCCCUUCACCGUCUGCUGUAGGCCACAGCUAUGGACAGAGCCCAGCCACUGCGAACUACGGGUCCCAAACUGAGGAGAUACCCCAGGCCCUCAGUGGCGCCACUGCCAGUGGACGGGCUGCCAGAGACAAGCCCCUGAGUGUGAGUGAUGGUGAGAGCGGCCCCCACAAGGCCUCCCGGGGGUAUUCCUACUUCGCAGGCUCCAGCCCACCUCUCUCUCCAUCUUCUCCUUCAGAGAGUCCCACAUUCUCCCCUGGCAAGCUGGGCCCAAGGGCCACAGCCGAGUUCUCUACACAGACGCCAAGCCCGACCCCUGCCUCGGACAUGCCUCGGAGCCCUGGUGCCCCGACCCCAACACCCAUGGUGGCUCAGGGCACACAAACGCCACACCGGCCCAGCACACCUCGCCUGGUGUGGCAGCAGCCCUCUCAGGAGGCCCCUUUCAUGGUCAUCACUCUGGCAUCAGAUGCCUCCAGCCAGACCAGGAUGGUACAUGCCAGUGCCUCCACCUCCCCAGUGUGUUCACCCACUGACACCCAGCCCACCACCCACAGCUAUAGCCAGACAACACCUCCGAGUAUGUCCCAGCUGCCCCCAGAGCCACCUGGGCCACCUGGCUUCCCGCGGGCACCCAGUGCUGGCACGGAUGGGCCCCUGGCAGUCUAUGGCUGGGGCGCCCUCCCUGCUGAGAACAUCUCCCUGUGCCGGAUCUCCUCUGUCCCUGGAACGUCUAGGGUGGAGCCAGGCCCUAGGCCUCCAGGCAGUGCCGUGGUAGACCUUCGCACAGCUGUCAAGCCUACUCCUAUCAUCCUUACUGACCAGGGCAUGGACCUGACCUCUCUUGCCGUGGAAGCGAGGAAGUACGGCCUUGCCCUGGAUCCAAUCCCAGGACGGCAGUCGACUGCUGUACAGCCUUUGGUCAUCAACCUCAAUGCCCAGGAGCAGACCCAUGCCUUCCUCAGCACCGCCACCACCGUGAGCAUCACCAUGGCCUCAUCUGUGCUCAUGGCUCAGCAAAAGCAGCCUGUGGUCUAUGGAGACCCCUUCCAGAGCCGGCUUGACUUUGGUCAGGGUGCGGGUAGCCCUGUGUGCCUGGCCCAGGUCAAGCAGGUAGAGCAGGCCGUCCAGACAGCCCCAUACCGAGGUGGGCCCCGUGGAAGACCUAGGGAGACCAAGUUUGCCAGGUAUAACCUGCCCAACCAGGUAGCACCUCUGGCCAGAAGGGACGUUUUAAUCACUCAGAUGGGCAGUGCCCAGAGUGUUGGCCUCAAAUCGGGCCCAGUGGCAGAGCCUGGUGCCGAACCCCACCGGGCUGCCCCUGCAGAGCUGCGGUCACACGCUGCUCCAGGUGCCAGGAAGCCACACACAGUGGUGGUGCAGAUGGGAGAGGGCACAGCAGGCACUGUGACCACACUGCUCCCAGAGGAACCUGCAGGUGCCCUGGACCUCACUGGGAUGAGGCCUGAGAGCCAGAUGGCAUGCUGUGACAUGGUCUACAAGUUCCCCUUUGGCAGUAGCUGCACAGGCACCUUCCACCCCACCCCCAGCGCUCCUGAGAAGAGUGUGUCAGACGUUGCCCUACCUGGCCAGAGCAGCGGCCCCUUUUACAGUCCCCGGGACCCUGAGCCUCCUGAACCCCCCACCUACCGGGCACAGGGGGUAGUGGGGCCUGGGCCCCACGAGGAGCAGAGGCCCUACCCACAGGGCCUCCACGGCAGGCUAUACUCCUCCAUGUCUGACACCAAUUUGGCAGAGGCUAGCCUCAACUACCAUGCCCACAGGAUUGGGCAGCUCUUCCAGGGCCCUGGACGAGACUCAGCUGUGGAUCUCAGCUCGCUGAAGCAUUCCUACAGCCUGGGCUUUGUGGAUGGACGCUACCUUGGGCAGGGCUUGCAGUAUGGCUCGUACACAGACCUGCGUCACCCCACAGACGUUUUGACUCACCCAGUUCCCAUGAGGCGCUACAGUUCAGUGUCAAACAUCUACUCAGACCACAGGUAUGGCCCACGGGGAGAUGCAGCUGGCUUCCAGGAGGCCAGUCUGGCCCAGUACAGUGCCACCACUGCCCGUGAGAUCAGCCGCAUGUGUGCAGCCCUCAACUCCAUGGACCAGUAUGGAGGGCGGCAUGGCAGUGGUGGUGGUGGCCCUGACCUCAUGCAGUAUCAGCCCCAGCCCGGGCCUGGGCUCAGCGCUCCCCAGGGUCUGGCUCCCCUCAGACCUGGCCUCCUUGGGAACCCCACCUUCCCAGAGGGCCACCCAAGUCCUGGGAACCUGGCCCAGUACAGGCCUACGGUAGGCCAGGGAACAGCAGUCAGACAGCUGCUGCCAUCCACAGCCACCGUGCGUGCAGCCGACGGCAUGAUCUACUCUACUAUCAACACUCCAAUUGCUGCAACACUGCCCAUAACCACCCAGCCCGCCUCAGUACUGCGGCCCAUGGUGCGCCGUGGCAUGUACAGGCCUUACGUGUCGGGUGGGGUCACAGCUGUGCCGCUCACCAGCCUGACACGCAUGCCCGUGAUUGCCCCCCGGAUACCUCUUGGGCCCACAGGGCUGUACCGAUAUCCUGCACCAAGUAGAUUCCCCGCUGCUUCCAGCAUUCCACCUGCUGAGGGUCCUGUGUACCUGGGGAAACCUGCUGCUGCUAAGGCCCCAGGGGCUGGGGGCCCACCAAGGCCAGAGCUGCCAACAGGGGCAGCUCGGGAAGAGCCUCUUUCCACAGCCACCCCUGCUGCCGCCAAAGAGGCUGUAGCAGCCCCACCCCCAGCCCCAGCCCCUCUGGCCAGCCAGAAGCCGCAGGUAGAUGCUGCUCCCGGGGGCGGCAGCGGGGCCCUCAGCCGGCCAGGGCUGGAGAAGGAGGAAGCUGCGCAGGAGGAGCGACAGCGGAAACAGCAGGAGCAGCUGCUGCAGCUGGAGCGGGAGCGGGUGGAGUUGGAGAAGCUGCGGCAACUGCGGCUGCAGGAGGAGCUGGAGCGGGAGCGGGUGGAGCUGCAGCGGCACCGUGAGGAAGAGCAGCUCCUGGUGCAGCGGGAGCUGCAGGAGCUGCAGACCAUUAAGCACCAUGUGCUGCAGCAGCAACAGGAGGAACGGCAGGCCCAGUUCGCCCUGCAGAGGGAGCAGCUGGCACAGCAGCGUCUGCAGCUGGAGCAGAUCCAGCAGCUGCAGCAGCAGCUGCAGCAGCAGCUAGAGGAACAGAAGCAGCGGCAGAAGACCCCCUUCCCCGUGGCCUGCGAGGCACCUGGCCGAGGGCCUCCCCCAGCUGCCACGGAGCUGGCUCAGAAUGGCCAGUACUGGCCACCCCUGACCCACACAGCCUUCAUCGCCGUGGCAGGGCCGGAGGGGCCUGGGCAGCCUCGGGAGCCCGGGCUGCAUCGGGGCCUCCCUAGCUCUGCCUCGGACAUGUCACUGCAGACAGAGGAGCCGUGGGAGGCAGGCCGCAGCGGCCUCAAGAAGCGGCACUCUAUGCCUCGCCUGCGGGACGCCUGCGAGCCAGAGUCAGGGCCCGAGCCCUGCGCGGUCAGGAGGAUUGCAGACAGCAGCGUGCAGACAGACGAGGAGGAUGGGGAGGGCCGCUACCUCCUGAGCCGGCGGCGCCGGGUGCGGCGGAGUGCGGACUGCAGCGUGCAGACUGAUGACGAGGACAGUGCCGAGUGGGAGCAGCCGGUGCGCCGCCGCCGGUCCCGGCUUUCCCGCCACUCGGAUUCCGGCUCUGACAGCAAGCAUGAUGCUGCCGCCUCAUCGUCCCCUGCAACCGCUGCUGCGAGGGCCACGAGCAGCGUGGGCAUCCAGACCAUCAGUGACUGCUCUGUGCAGACGGAGCCUGACCAGCUGCCCAGAGUCUCUCCAGCCAUCCACAUCACAGCCGCUACUGACCCCAAGGUGGAGAUCGUCAGGUACAUCUCGGCGCCAGAGAAGACUGGACGCGGGGAGAGCCUGGCCUGCCAGACAGAGCCCGAGGGGCAGGCCCAGGGUGUGGUUGGGCCGCAGCUUGUAGGGCCAACUGCCAUCAGCCCCUACCUGCCUGGCAUCCAGAUCGUCACCCCAGGGCCCCUCGGCAGAUUCGAAAAAAAGAAGCCAGAUCCCCUGGAGAUUGGAUACCAGGCCCAGCUGCCCCCGGAGUCCCUGUCACAGCUCGUGAGCCGCCAGCCUCCCAAGUCCCCCCAGGUCCUCUACUCACCGGUCUCACCCCUGUCCCCACACCGGCUCCUGGACACCUCCUUUGCUUCCAGUGAGAGGCUGAACAAGGCUCACGUGAGUCCCCAGAAGCACUUCACGGCUGACAGCGCUCUCCGCCAGCAGACGCUGCCUCGCCCCAUGAAGACCCUGCAGCGAUCCUUGUCUGACCCUAAGCCCCUCAGCCCCACCGCCGAGGAGUCUACCAAAGAGAGGUUCUCCCUCUACCAGCACCAGGGGGGACUGGGUAGCCAGGUAUGGGCACAGGGGCUGGUCCAGGGCAGGGAGCCCUGGAACAUCAAUGUGCCCUUGCCUGUGGCUUUAGUUGCCAACGAUAUCCUGGGACUGGGCGAGGUGGCCUGCUGUGCCCCCCACCAGAAGCCACGCCAGACGUCACUAGCCGACUUGGAACAGAAGGUGCCCACUAACUAUGAGGUGAUUGCCAGCCCAGUUGUGGCCAUGUCUUCAGCCCCACCUGAAACCAGCUAUAGUGGCCCAGCAGUAAGCAGCAGCUAUGAUCAAGGCAAGGCUGCUGAGCUGCCCCGGGCCGGGGACCGUAGUGGUGUGAGCCUGAGCUCAGCCUCCACCUACCCCUCUGACUCCCACUACACCAGCCUGGAGCAGAAUGUCCCUCGGAACUAUGUGAUGAUUGAUGACAUCAGUGAGCUGACCAAGGAUAGUAUCUCCACUACCCCUGAUAGCCAGCGACUAGAGCCCCUGGGGCCAAGCAGCAGCGGGCGUCCAGGGAAAGAGCCGGGAGAACCCAGCAUCCUUGAGGGGACUGCAUUGCCCUGCUGCUACACCAGAGGGGAGGAGGAAUCUGAAGAGGACUCUUAUGAUCCCCGUGGGAAGAGUGGCCAUCACCGGAAUCUGGAGAGCAAUGGCCGACCAGCCAGUGCCCACUACUACAGUGACAGCGACUACAGACAUGGAACUCGAGCAGAGAAGUAUGGUCCAGGUCCCAUGGGGCCUAAGCAUCCCUCCAAGAGCCUGGCACCAGCUGCUAUCUCCUCAAAACGUAGCAAGCACCGGAAGCAGGGCAUGGAGCAAAAGAUCUCCAAAUUCUCACCUAUCGAAGAGGCCAAGGAUGUGGAGUCUGACCUGGCCUCCUACCCCUCCCCUGCAGUCAGCAGCAGCCUAGCCUCUCGGGGCAGGAAGUUCCAGGAUGAAAUCACCUAUGGGCUCAAGAAGAAUGUGUAUGAGCAGCAGAGGUACUAUGGGGUGUCCAGCCGGGACCCAGUGGAGGAAGAUGACCGCAUGUAUGGAGGGAGUGGCCGGUCCCGGGUGGCAUCUGCAUAUAGUGGGGAGAAACUGUCCGGCCAUGACUUCAGCAGCCGGGGCAAGGGAUAUGAACGGGAACGGGAAGCCAUGGAGAGACUCCAAAAAGCGGGCCCCAAGCCCUCGUCCCUGAGCAUGGCCCAUGGCCGGUCCCGGCCCCCCAUGCGGAGCCAGGCCUCUGAAGAGGAGAGCCCCGUCAGCCCCUUGGGGCGGCCCCGCCCUGCCGGCGGCACCCUCCCUCCUGGGGACACCUGCCCACAGUUCUGCUCCAGCCACUCCAUGCCUGACGUCCAGGAGCACGUCAAGGAUGGGCCUCGGGCCCACACAUAUAAGCGUGAGGAGGGCUACAUCCUGGAUGACUCCCACUGCGUAGUUUCCGACAGCGAAGCGUAUCACCUGGGCCAGGAGGAGACAGACUGGUUUGAUAAGCCCCGGGAUGCCCGCUCUGACCGGUUCAGGCACCACGGGGGCCAUGCAGUCUCCUCCUCCUCCCAGAAGCGAGGCCCUGCCAGGCACAGCUACCACGACUACGAUGAGCCCCCCGAGGAGGGCCUGUGGCCACAUGAUGAGGGUGGCCCGAGCCGCCACACCUCAGCCAAGGAACACCGGCACCACAGUGACCACGGGCGGCACUCAGGCCGCCACACUGGUGAGGAGCCAGGCCGGCGUGCUGCCAAACCACACACUCGGGACCUGGGCCGCCAUGAGGCCCGGCCUCACCCUCAGCCCAGCCCUGCCCCGGCCAUGCAGAAGAAGGGUCAGCCUGGGUACCCCAGCUCUGCUGAAUAUUCACAGCCAUCCCGUGCUCCGUCAGCAUACCAUCAUGCCUCUGACAGCAAGAAGGGCUCCCGGCAGGCCCACUCGGGGCCCACUGCACCACAGCCAAAGCCAGAACCCCAGCUGCAGUCACAAGGUCGGCAGGCAGCUCCUGGGCCACAGCAAUCACAGCCGCCACCAUCAAGGCAGACACCCUCGGCAACAGCAUCACGCCAGCCACAGACGCAGCAGCAGCAGCAGCAGCAGCAGCAGCAGCAGCAGCUACAGCCCCCUCAGCAGGCCCCAGCGCAGGCUCGGCUGCAGCAACAGGGCCAGCAAGCUACCCGGGGCCCAGCCUCUGCUGCCAGCCAGCCAGCAGGGAAGGCUCAGCCAGGCCCCCCAACAGUCACAGGCUCCCAGCCAGCAGGACCGCCACGGGCAGAGCAGGCAAAUGGCUCUAAAGGGACAGCUAAAGCACCCCAACAGGGGAGGCCUCCUCAGGCCCAGCCACCACCAGGACCUGGACCUGCAGGCAUGAAGGCCGGAGCCAGGCCUGGAGGGACCCCAGGGGCUCCUGCCGGCCAGCCAGGCGCCGAUGGUGAGAGUGUGCUCUCCAAAAUCCUCCCUGGUGGGGCAGCAGAGCAGGCUGGCAAGCUGACAGAAGCUGUCUCUGCUUUUGGCAAAAAGUUCUCCUCAUUCUGGUGA